AUGAGUCUUCUUUGUUGGAACGCCCGGGGAUUGAGGAACCCUGGUGCGUUGACUGCCUUACGGACGAUUGUUCGUAAGUUUUCCCCAAGUUUAGUUUUCUUAUCUGAAACUAAACUUUAUGGUGGGUGGGCAGAAGGUGUUCGACGACAUGUUAAUUUUCCAAAUAGUUUUCAUGUUGAUUGUGUGGGCAAGAGUGGAGGUUUGUUGUUGAUGUGGAAUGAUGAUUGGGAGGUGUCGGUUAAAUCAUAUUCGGUAGGACAUAUUGAUGCUUUGGUGCAAUGUCCGGGGAGGAGUUUGUGGCGGUUCACUGGCUUUUAUGGAAAUCCUAAGGCAAGUUGUCGAUCUGAAUCGUGGAGAUUGUUAUGUCGGCUUAAGGAUAUUUUUACUCUCCCUUGGGUCUGUGGUGGUGAUUUUAAUGAAAUUCUUUCUAUUAAUGAGAAGAAAGGGGGCGCUGAUAGAAGCUUAUCUGCUAUGUCUGAUUUUCAACAAGCUCUGGAUAAGUGUUCCUUGGUUGAUAUGGGGUUUGAGGGUCAAUGCUUUACUUGGCUAAAUAAGAGGCAUGGUGGGGCGCAUGUACAAGAGCGGCUUGAUCGCUAUUUUUGUAACCAGGAAUGGCAUGAUUUGUAUCCAUCGGUUCGAGUUCUCAAUGGUGACUUGCUUCAUUCGGACCAUCGACUGGUGGUGGCUUCCCUUGAGAAUGUUAUUCGGCAUCAGCGGAAUGAUAGGAAAAGAUGCUUUCGGUUUGAAACUCAUUGGUUGAAAGAUGAUGAAUGUCAUGACAUUGUUCAGCGGACUUGGUUGGCUUCUGAAGUUUCAUCACCAUUGGAUAAUCAAGAUUGUAUUCUUGAUAUUUUUGGUAGGUGUGCGGAUCAGUUGGGGGCGUGGAAUAAGGGUAAAUUUGGGUCGAUUCCCCGUCUUGUGAGAGAGACUUAG